AAGCGCGCUAGCGGGGAGGGUUUACGGCACGUCGCGGAGCUGGUGAGGUACUGACCUUGGCACCGCCGCCCGGUAAAAAAAUCACACAAGAAUAAAGAGUUCAAUGACAUAUGAGAAUGGCCAAUUCUCUAAGAGGUGAAGUGUUGAAUCUUUACAAAAAUCUGCUGUACCUUGGAAGGGAGUAUCCCAAAGGAGCAGACUACUUUAGAAGCCGUUUGAAAGCAGCUUUCCUAAAAAAUAAAGAUGUGAAAGAUCCUGAAAAAAUUAAGCAACUGAUUGCACGAGGAGAAUUUGUUAUGAAAGAGUUGGAGGCUUUGUACUAUCUCAGAAAAUACAGAGCUAUGAAACGGCGCUACUAUGAGGAUGACAAUAAGUAAUUGGUGUUACUGACUGCAUCUGAUGAUACAAAUCAGUAAGAAUAAACCAAUAAAAGAGCUGUAACUUUAAAAGCAAUGAAAAGCAUGUGCUUCCAACCCAUAUAAAAUACUUACAGUUUGCAAAUUAGGGCUUUACCAUCCCUUAAGGGAUUGCUUGAAGGAUUUAGGAGUUAGGUUUUCUAUUAUAUGGAUUACAGACUUUUCUCAACUCUUACCAUCCCUCUUGAACUGUAACCUGAUAAAUGAAAACACUUUUAUAGGAAGUGGUGGUAAUAUGAUUCUGUUCUGUUUCACUUCAAGGUAGAUGCUGAACAAGUAACUUCUUAUAUUUACCUGAAGAGCUGUAUGUUUUAAUGAUAAUUCAAGUUGCUACAUUUCUCUUAAAUAGAAGACUAAUUUUUGAAAGUCUUUAGGUUUAAUGAUUGUUUUCCGCCAUAAAUGAGCAUUUUCUCAAAAUUAUGUUCUUAAAGAUUUUGACUGUAUCUGCUUAAUAUAUGAGUCAUCUUGGCUGAGACACUGUCCUAUUCUAUCAAAAAGACACCGCAGGAUCAGGAAGAAGAUGAAAUAAAGCAGUAACAUCUUAGACCCUAAAGGCAAUUCCCGCUACUCCCAAUUUCUGAUGUUUCGUAACUACUGCUGCAGACAUAUAAAACAUGAUCCUUCUCGUGGGCAAGCAGAACUUCGACCAUGGCUGUUACUCCACAGCUAACUCUUUGACAACCGUGGCUCCACAAGCAUCAACUUGUGCCAUAACCGAUAUUCUGUACACUUACUGUAUUUUUUUCCCCAUGAAAUUAAGUGACACUGGAACCUUUGAAAUACACGCAUUGCUAGUAGUUCAAGAACGAACACUGAAAUACUGGCACUUAAGAGGAAUGAAGUUUCCACUGUCAUUUAAAACAAGCAUUCAGGUAAAGCUAACAGGAUCAUGAAGCAGAAAGUAAAGUAAUGCUAAAACAAAUGCUAAUAAUUUAGUGUAAUGUACAAAAAUUACUUAAGUACGUCUUAAGAAUAAGGAUAAAUUGUAUUUACAUAAUUAUA